CCUCCUCGCUCCUCUCCUCUCUCCACACGCACAAAACGCUCUGUCAUGGCGUCUUCCAACCAUGUUACCCCCACCAACUGUAGCUGGUGGCCCAUUUCAGCCAUGGACGAAGACGACAAAAUCACAGACGGGGAGGAGAGCGAGGAACCGACGGCAGAGCCCAAACCCUUCAACAAAGACAAGCUCGUUUUGUACCACUGGACGCAGUCUUUCACCUCCCAAAAGGUGCGUCUUGUGAUCAAUGAGAAGGGUCUGGUCUGCGAGGAGAGGGAUGUGAGUUUGCCGCUGCAGGAGCACAAGGAGCCGUGGUUCAUGAGGCUGAACCUCGGGGAGGAGGUGCCCGUCUUCCUCCACGGCGAAACCAUCAUCAGUGACUACAACCAGAUUAUAGACUAUCUGGAGAAGAACUUUGUGGGAGAGACGGUGGCUCAGCUGGUUCCUGAUGCAGACUCGCCUCUCCACGAGCGGGUGCAGCACUACCGUCAGCUGCUGGACGAACUGCCCAUGGACGCUUACACACACGGCUGCAUCCUCCAUCCAGAGCUCACCACCGACUCUAUGAUCCCAAAGUACGCCACCGCAGAAAUACGUAGACACUUGGCUAACGCUGCGACGGAGUUAAUGAAGUUGGACUACGAGGAGCCACAGCUGACAGAACCGUACCUCUCCAAGCAGAAGAAGCUCAUGGCAACAAUCUUGGACCACGAUAAUGUGAACUCCCUGAACAAAAUUCUGGGGGAGUUAGCCAUGGUUCUAGAUCAAGUGGAGGCUGAGCUGGAGAAAGGAAAACUAGAGUAUCAAGGUCAAAAGUGUGAGUUGUGGCUAUGUGGACCUGACUUUACACUAGCUGACGUCUGGCUCGGAGCCUUGUUGCACAGGCUCAAGUUCUUGGGACUUUCUAAGAAAUACUGGGAGGACGGCAGCCGACCCAACCUGCAGUCCUUUUUUGUGCGUGUGCAAAAACGCUACGCUUUUCGCAAGGUCUUGGGCGACAUCCACACGACCCUGCUGUCGGCGGUCCUACCCAACGCCUUCCGGAUGGUAAAAAAGAAGCCGCCGUCCUUCUUCGGCGCCUCUUUUCUCAUGGGCUCGCUGGGAGGCAUGGGCUACUUUGCCUACUGGUAUUUAAAAAAGAAAUACAUGUAGUGAAUGCCUUCUUGUUGUGUUAAAUGUCUGUGUAUUUGUGUGAUGUUUCAACUUUUCUGUAAUGUUUUAUGACUGCAGGAAACAUAUUGAAUCUAUAUAGAGAACACUAUUACUUACCUGGGUGAACAAAGAAUAUUAAAACAUUCCAUAAUGAGAAAUUCUUGACAGCACAUUUUCUGGUAAUCAAGGCCUUCAUCAAGUUUGAUUUCUGGGCAACUUGCGGCCGGCAAGUCCUUGUUUGACUUUAGUUGGAGGCAUGCUUUGGGUCUUCUCAUACUUAAAAACGUAUAGAAGAAACCCAGACAAAAUGUUAAACACAGAAACACCAACGGGGGUAACUGACCUUCGCAUGCCACUACUAUUAUAGUCAUUUCUCAUACCUGCUCUUCACUUCUCCAUCAGCCUGAGGUUUAGCCAGGAAAACCACAGGAAAAUGUCACAUGACAAACUUUCAGAUAAGUGCUUUGCUGCCAGAAACUGCCAGAAGAAGAAAGAAGGAGGCAAACUUUUAGGGAGUAGUUUGACAUUUUUGGUAUUUACUUUCUUCUCGAGGCUUCGAUGUUGAGACUGACAACACACUCAUGUCUGUUUGUUGAAUAUGAAGUAAAAGCCAGUUUAGCUUAGCUUAGUAUAAAGACUGGAACGAACAGCCACUACCAGUUUGCCCCAAAUAUUUAAAUGAUGCUCAAAGCUAGUUAGCAAAGUCUGGUUAGCUUAGCAUAAACACUGGAACAAGAACUAACAGCCACAGUUAGUUUACCCCUAACAGUUCAAUGUUGCUAAAAGCUAGUUAGCAAAGCCAGUUUAGCAUAAACACUGGAAUAAGAGCUUACAGCCAGCCCAGUUUAACAUAUUUCAAUGAUGCUCACAGCCCUGUUUUCAGUCUUCAAGCAAAGCUAGCACGCUUCUGCUGCAUCAUAUUUAACACAGACAUAAGAAUCUUCUCAUCUAACUCUUGGCAAGAAUGUCAUUUAAGUGCAUUUCCCUAAAGGUCAAACUAUUCCUUUAACUGUAAACACUACACACAAUAAAACACAGACACACACUCAGUCAGUUUAUUUAGUGCACCACAGAUCA